CUACGAAGUGCGUUAUUUAAUUUUUAUACCGUUUAAUUUAAUUAGAAAUAUAAGUAAUUCAACAACAUGCGUGUGUGAAAUUCACAUAAACAUCAAGAGUUAAACGGGCGGGGCACCCACAACGUUUAAAUGGCAUAAAAUUGACGCGAAAUAAAACUGCCAGCAGCAGCCAACAACAACAGCUAUAGAGCAGCAGCAACAACAACGCAAUUGUCAUAGACAAAGAAAUAGAUUAAGAAGGGAAAACGAGAACGCAGAAGACCAAAAAACACAAAUUUCCGCAUGAAUAACAUAUUAAUGAACGAACAUGAACUCUAUAAAAAAACAAGAACGGAACAACAUUUAAGGCAAGCACAUCGCGCGAUUUUUUUUUAGCAGUUUUACUUUUUCGAUAUACAACGAAAAAGAGUUGAAAAGCCAACGCCAAACAAUAACCGAAACAGUCGCGCAAAGCAAAUGCGAUAAAAAAUAAAUAAGUUUGUAAGGAAAAUAAUAGGAAGACGGAAGAGAGAGAGACUGCGCUGCUGAAAUAAUUUUGUUGGGAUUCGGAGAAGAUUCGACCAACUCUUGUUGUUGACGUUAAAGUUGACAGCGCUGCUACUGCGCUGCUGCUGCUGUGCAUUGUGCCCCACACACAGUCACAGCUGAUGUAUAAUAAUUUGCUGCAAUUGUGUUGUGUGCCAGUCGUUCGUGCGCGUUUACAAUUGAUUAAAAACAAAACACAAGCACACACACACACUCGAAAAUCCACAUAUAUAGGCGCAUUGUGAAAAUUGAUUAAAGAUUACAAGCAUAAAUACGAGGUGGUACCACCAACACCUAAAAGCUGAGCUGUCUCUUUGCUUGAGCAAAUACAACAGCAAAACUGAUUCGAAGCACUGCCAAAAGGAAUAGAGUCAAGAACGAAACGAGUUGGAAGAGAAACAAAACAAUUUACCACCUCACCCACCCACAUCACACACACACACGUAAAUACAGGCAGCCAGCGCGCGUUUUAAACCUCAACGAUGCUGUACGUAUUUCACGUCGAAGUCGGUCGCAUGCUUAGCUUCGACAUGACGGUCGCACUCUCCUCCGUGGAGAACCUAAAGGAGACAAUACAGCGUCUGCAUGGCAUACCCGCUGCCAACAUUGUACUCUUGGUGAGCGGAGGCGAAAUGCUUACACAGUCUACACAAGUCUCGUAUUAUUCGGCGGGCACCGACACAAACCCCAUCUACAUGUUAAUAACCGGCGAUGAGCGCCCGCCUCCAACGAUAGCCAACACUGAUGCGGAUGUGGAGCUGCGUCGCCAAGUGGAGGAGAGCCACAAGCUUCCCCCAGUGAUGGAAACAGUGCGACAGCGUUCUCAUCUGGCGCAGCAGAUGCGGGAGUUGGCACGCAAGGAGGAGAAUGUGUGUGAGCGUUUGGUUCACGACCAGCACUUGCAACAGCAAGGUUGGUCCGCGGUCGUGGCCAACAUGGAGGAUUUGACGAACGAGUUUCGGGAUCGUUUCCAUAAUUUUUGCCUCUCUUUCGAUCGUCAUUUGCAAAAGCGCCCAGCUUAUUUAAAUUUACUGCUUCAUUUUGGUGAUGAUCUCAAAAAGCUUUCGCGUAUACCCAUUCUGCCUGGGCUAAUGGCGCUAGCCGAGGCAGAUUUUCAUGGCUUUGAUGAGCUUCUCGACAAUGACGAUGUCUUUUCUAGGUCACAGAUGCAACAGACAUCGGUAGUGGCCACUGCGACGACGGCAUCGGGUGCGGCAGGAGAGCAAAUAGACGGUGACACUGCCACAACGCUGACUGAGUCCGCAGGUGGAGAUGUGGACAAGAGCAGCACAUCUCCCAACAAGAAGCUGAAAAUGGAGGAUGAGGAAGUGACGAAUACGACGACGGCGGCCUUAACAGCUACGGACGACCAAGCCGAACGGAUCUCUCAGACCUCGACGACUAGCUCCAAUUUGGCACGUCGUCUUAAUCUCAAUUUGCUGCAAUGGAUCACCUCUAAGGGCAACCAUAAUGCACUUCAACUAAUGUCCGAUGAAUGCGUCCAAGGUUUGGAGACAUUCAACGAAGACAUCUACGAGAAACUUAAGCAGGAGGUUCGAAACAUUAUUAAGCUGGCAGAGCAGAGCGAUGUAAAAGAGAUUAAAGGUCUUAGCGAUCGUUUGUGCAAACUAGAAGAGUUCAAAUACAAAAUCAAAAAAAUGGUUCAGGAUCAAAAGGAGCAGGCGACAUCAUUGCAACAGAAUGAGUCACGGGCUCUGAAUUUGCGCGACAAUUCGGUGCUGCCCGACUUGUGCCUCUCCCACAAAUCACAGUUGCAGGUGAUGCUGGAAAAUCACAUCAAAAUUCGAGAACAUUGCCGCUGCAUUAGCAACUCGAAGGAGGAGCUCGGAAAGAAUUUGCAUACUAGACUGAAGCGCAUCGUAUGGAUCGAGAAUGGGAUGAGUGAGUUCGACAACCGGCUACUAUUCUAUCAUCGUUGCCUCAAACGUGCCGAGCGGCAUAUCAACAUAAUCGAGCAGAUUCAUCGAGCGCCAAGCACCUAUGUGGCCGCGGUCACGGAGGUAGUGCGUCGCAAAAUCUUCUCAGAUGAGUUUCGGCUGUGGGCUUCCCGCUUGGCAAUCGAUUUCGAUCGUAUCCAUGGUGAGGAGAUCCGUCGCCGUUUGGAGUUCAAUGCCAACUUUGAUGGGCAUUUCCUGAAUAUACUGUUUCCGGGAAUGGGCGACAUGCCCCCGGCGUUUGCAAAUGAGCACCCGCUCUCUUUCGAUACUCGCCUGCCGAACCUAACGCGUUCGGAUAUCGAUAUGCUGACCACACAUUUGCCUGAGCUGACGCCUGAUGUGCAGCUGCCCGACAUGGGACCUGUGAUAGAAUUUUUCGUCUCACGCUCGGGGGAGCAGCAACGUGAGCGCAUGGAGCAGCUUUUGCGGGAGCAGGUAGCUGCGGCUGUGGAGUUGAUGGAAAAAUCGCCGGUGCUACAGAAUCAGCGACUGAACGAGCUGCGGGGCACUGCAGCAUGUGAUGACUCGCAAACGGAUACGGAGACAGAAUUCGAGAAGGUGGUGCAGGAGGACCAGGUAGUUGCCACCAUCAUGACAACGAGUGUUGGCACCUCUACCUGCGCGCCUGUGGAGCAUAUGGCUCGGAGCACGCUGACGGAGGAGACGGAGGUGAGCAUGCGUGGGGAGGCCGAGCGUAAGCGCGCCAGAAUCGAUGCCAUGUCGAAGCUGGCCAUCGAAUGUCUGCGCACGGCUCGAUGUAAUUUGGACACAUUUCGCAGCGAUGCCCAAGGCUAUCAAGAUGAACUGCGGUCGGAGUUGCAGCUGCUGCAGGACAAGUGGAAUGUGUUGCGAAUGCAGUGCGAGGCGCGUGAAGAAGAUGUCGCUGCCCAAGCAGCUGAUGCACAAGCGCUGAAUAUUAAAUGCGCAACCCUAGAGGCCCAGGCGGAGGAGCUGAGGGAUCAGUUGAAGACGGCGCAGCUGGAAAAACAAGCCGCUGUGGCCGAAGCUCGCGAGGAACUCAUUCAUGAGCACAAAACAGAGAUUGAAUCGCUGCGGUGCCGUUUCAAGCUGAUGACUUCGAUGGAGCGCUCACCAUCAGACACCAGCUUGGAGAAGUUGGAGCGGCCGACGAGUAGCGCCAGUGGGGGCGGUGCUGGCGGCAUAGAUGUCGAACAACUAUUAUUGCAGCAGCGCAUCGAAAUGGAGGCGCAACGGGAACGCGCCAUCAGCGAGGCCGUCGAGGCGGAACGGUCUUUAUGGCAAUCGCGCGUGUUGCCCCUGAACUCAGAAUCUGUGAUGGCUAACGUUAACAUACUAAAGGACAUGCUCGAAGACAAGGAACGUCAGUUGGACAUGUUGCGUGAACAGAAUAAGGUGCUAACGCAGGAAAACUUCCAGCUGAAAACACGUCUGGAUGUGCUCACUAAUGAGGACGGUAAUAGCUGGCUGAAGGAGAAGAUCGAGUAUUUAAACCGAGACAAGUGCCGGCUUGAGGAGGAGUUGAAUCAGGAGAAGGUUAGGCGACAGGAAAUGGAGACGAGUGUUGCAGCGAUGAAAUGCUCCACUUAUGAGCAGCAUGGUGGCGCCAGUGGCAGCUCUUUGAUUCGGUCCAAGUCCAGCAGCGCUAGUCAGCGGUACAUAACCCUAGAGGGCUGUGCCAAGGGCGAUCUGGUCUUUGUGGUAUGGAGCAUGCGUCAUGGCCAGUUCAUGGUAGUGCAGGACUCGAACACACUUUACUUUGUGCACGGCGACAGCUUAACCGCAUUGCAGUUGAGCACUCCACCAGCCCCAGUUGAGGGAGUCAAUGCGGGGGCGAUAACGGAAGUAAAUCAAAUACCCAUACCCUACUACGCCAUUGGGCGAGUCAUCGACAAGGAGUACUGUCAGGCGCGCAAAGACGAGAAUCGCUACCGUGUCAUCAAAGGCUCAAAGUUUUAUCGCAUUAAAUUGUCACCGUUGCUGACUCGAUCUUCAGAACGUCGUUUACAAUCACUUACAUCUGGCAUAAGCCGCUCCAUAAGCGACACACUCCCGCAGCAGCUCAGUGGAGGAAACGCAGGACUGCCAGCUAUUAGGGAUGUUCCCGAUUCUGCGAUUGUAGUGACAUCGUCGACGCGCCCAUCUGUGGGCGCCCAACUCACUUUCAAGGAGCGAACGAUGAGCAUAAGCAGCGUUAACGAGGAGGAUGAUGAGUCGGCUUCGUUGCUGAGCGAACGCUGUCGUUAUAUUAGCGUCAGUGAGGAGGAUGAAAUGCUUGCUGCUGGCGGCACAGCAGCAGUAGCGCCUGCACCCACAAUUGCAGCAGCAACUCAACUAAAGCAACAACAUCUGCAGCCCCAGCAGCAGCAGCAACAACAAAAACCACAUUCUGUGAUAACAGAGCAGCCAACGGCAUCAAGCAAAUUGAAAUUGGAUCUACUGUUGGCCUCUGCUGAUAUAGUAACACAAUCCCCAACACAACAACAAGAUGUGGAAGUGGAUGCUGAGUCGGAAUCGGCGCUUGUGGCCACCACCAUUAUCAAUACCGAUACCAACAACAUAAUAACAAUUUCAGCAACAUCAACAACAACGAUGCAAGCAGAAAUCGAUCCAAAUGCAAAUCCAACAACAACAACGAACCUAGAUACUAGUACUACUCAAUCAACUUCUAAAAUCUUUGAACCAACCCAAACAACAACAACACCAACAAUGGCAACCACCACCACAAUACCGCCCACAGUUAACGUGGACAUUGUGGAUCCCGUUUUAAGCACAGCACCCAUGCUACCAAUGUCCAUUGGUACUACCAUAAGCGAGGAUUCCGAUGAGUAUCGGUCGUUGGAGGGCAAGGAUGAGGCUGAUUUUCCCAUUUCCGAAUAGUGAAUUGUGUAUGGAUAUGGACAUGAACAUGUUAAUAAUGAGUAUAUGGAUAUCUCAAUGUUCGGCGUGUGUUUAUUGUGUAUGGAGUUGAUACUAACAAAAGAAAAACACUCUUACUAUUUAUAGAACCUAUGUAGGAUACGAAAGAUAAUGAAAUGACACACAACCAUAAGGUAUAGGCCACAGAUCCGGCAGAUAACAUACAAGUGUACGCUAUGGGCAGCCCUCACCACGAAACUUAUAUACAUGAUACAAUAGAUUAAUAUUUAAAAAUUUAAAUGCAAGCAAUGCAAAAACAAAAACAUCUAAUGCUAAAGGCAAAGUUCUAAUGUAGUUGGCUAUAGUCUACGCAUAAUACUAAAUGCGAAAAAUAAAUAAAUUACAGGCAGCAAAAACACAAACCGCAAUCCACAUUUGCUGCACAAACACACCUACAUACAUACAAUUACAUACAUACAAAUACACACAAACACACGUUCGUUUUUAAGAAGCCCAACUGAAAGUUUAGCUUAUGCAAUGAAAAAGAUUUUUUAUUUCAAAUAAAAAUGACUAAAAUCUAAUAUUUAAACCAAUCAAAACUAUCGCUUAGUUUAUAAUUUGUUUUUCAAAACCUUUUUUGUGUUGUAGUGCCAAGGCAGCAAGGGAAAAAUGAAGUCACAUUAGUUAUUAGCAAGUAAAAAGUGAAUAAAAAAUUAACAAAUUAUAUUUUUUAUAGGAAUUUUAAUAACACUUUUUGCACACUCGCACACACACACACACACACUCAAACAAACACACAUAACCACAACACUCACUUAAAUUUCGGAAUGGGCCUAGCCCCUGCCAACACUUUUAUGCUCAGCUUUGUAGCUAGUUUACCCUCCUUUCUAUCUCUCUUUCUCACUUGAUGAAUAACUUUGUAUUUCUUGUGUUUCCUGUAUAUACAUAAAACGACGAAUAUUUUUGCCUUUAUUACAUUACUUACUAAAAAGAUGAAGAAUAAAAACAAAUUAUACAUGUAAUAUUAAAACAUUGCGCCACAAACACAUGUUUACAUGAGAACGACGCGACUGUACAUACAACAAAAUUUUACUUUAAAAAUUAAAUAUAAACAACAAAAAUAAUGAUUAAACGAAGGUAUAACAAACAAAUUGUCAAGCUUACAAAACAUGUAAA